CAGAGGAAAUCCCGCCUAGCCGGAGUCGGCGGCGAGAAAUCGGAUUACAGCAUCGCAGCUACCCGAAGGCUGCGGGAGUUUCGCUGCGGAUUGAGACACGAGAUUUAGGUGCAGGUUUCCAGCCAAGACAGCCGCAGCGUUACCGCCGAAAAGGAAAUGAGAACGAAAAAGCAAGUGCUUCAGGAGCCGUGAUCGCUGGCGGACGACGAGGGGACGCGACAUUCACUCCGCAACAUCGGCCGAGUUGCUUCGUUUCGGUUUUGAUCGCAGAAAGGCAGGUGGACGUGAAACACGCUUACUUUCUCCUGGCGAUAUUUGAGAGGUUAAGCGUUUUUCGGAUAAGGUGAUAUACGUAUUUUAGGGCUCGGUUGAUUUAAAAACAUGUGACACUUGGGACGGAUGACGUUUACUUACACUGGGACGAUGCGUGGACUUUGAGGCGAUGUGAGAAGCAUUUUCGCAUACAUAUGGGAACUACACAUCGUCAGAAAAGCCUGGCUGAGAAACAAAAUACUUGCAUCUUUCUUUGAACACAGUGACUUCGUAUUUACUAUGGCGACUAAGACCAGGAAGGUGCGUUGCUGCCCCUGCUCGGGACGUGUAACUCACGCGCUGUAUUCCCUUCUUUUACUUGAAAGUGUUCUUACGGUCUUAGUUAGAGGUACCACUUCUCAAACGACGAAUUUAGCUAGUGACGACGCUUUUGGACUGCUGCGAAGUCGUGAUGGAGGACUGUCUUUGUCCGGAGGAAGUCUGCAAAAGGAGAGAAGAAACGCGGGUGUGGAAGAUUUUCAUUCAAAAACUGUCCGCCCUAGGACGUCCCAUACAACCCAUCGCACUGGACAUGGCAGAGGGGAGCCGCUGGAGAAGACCAGGCCUUUCGUCGUCAUGGACGGUCGCAGGAUGCACCUGAGCAAGGCCCUGCAGAAUGGCCACCCUGAUAAGAUCCAGUGUGGGCUGGAGUUUGAGGGCCAAACCUAUCUGCUGGACCUGGAGAAGAAUCAAGGUUUGCUGCCCAAGCCCCCGAAUAUGUACUACUACCUGCCAAAUGGCGUUGGGGUCAAUGCAGAGGACUUGCCAGUGGUGAACUGCUAUUAUCACGGCUCGGUCAGGGGCUUCCCGGACUCUGGAGUGGCUCUCAGCACCUGCUCCGGUCUGCGUGGCGUGAUCACGAUCAGCUCCAACCUGAGUCUGGACAUACGGCCCGCAGAGGUGGAGCGAGGUGGAGCUGAGGUGGAGGACCUGCAUCUGCUCUAUCCCACCCAACAGGCAGGGUCUUCACCUAAGGGCUGUGGGGUGUCAAACGACGUGGUACCCCCCCACAUGCACAGGAGUAAAAGGGACAUUUUAUCAGAGACAAAGUACAUAGAGCUGGUGUUGGUGGUUGAUCACACAGAGUAUGUGAAUUACCAGAAGAACAACAAGACUAUGAUGUAUCGCAUGAUGGAUGUGGCCAACCAAGUGGACUGGUACUACAGGCCACUUAACGUGCGCGUGGCUCUGGUCGGCCUGGAGAUCUGGAGCGACCGGGACAAGAUCAGAGUGGACAAGAACCCGACGGAAACCCUGCAGCGCUUCCUGGAGUGGCGAAGACGCGAGCUGCUGCCCCGCUUGCGGCACGACAAUGCCCAGCUGGUCAUGGGGAGCUCGUUUGAUGGCACUACGGUGGGAAUGGCCUCCCAGUCGUCCAUGUGUUCCUGGGACCGCUCUGGCGGUGUCAACGUGGACCACCUGGUGAGCGUGCUGGGCAUCGCAUCCACCGUGGCCCACGAGCUCGGCCACAACCUAGGCAUGAGCCACGACACGGACGAGCGACACUGCCAGUGUCGGAACGAGCCCCGGAUGGGCGGCUGCAUCAUGGAGCCCUCCACCGGGUUCAUGCCAGGCCAGCUAUUCAGCAGCUGUAGUGUGCUGGACCUGUCCUUUAGCCUCCUACACGGGGGCGGGAUGUGCCUCUUCAACGUGCCGCAGCCCAGCCACCUGCUGGGGGGGCCACGCUGUGGUAACCUGUACGUGGAGGAGGGCGAGGAAUGUGACUGCGGCCUGGCUGACGAGUGUAACGAUCCUUGCUGCGAUUUCUCCACCUGCAAACUGGUUCCCGGGGCAGAGUGCUCAUCCGACGGGAUCUGCUGUGACAACUGCAAGCUGCGCACGGCGGGCGCAGUGUGCCGUGAGAGCCUGGGGGAGUGUGACCUGCCGGAGUUCUGCACCGGCACGGCCCCCCACUGCCCCCCCAACGUCUUCCUCCAGAACGGCGAGUCCUGUGAUGGCGGCGCCUCCUACUGUUCCAGUGGCGUCUGCUCCAGUGUGGACACGCAGUGCCAGGCGCUGUGGGGACCCAAUGCCACUCAGGCUCCAGACGUGUGCUUCUCUACCGUCAACAAGCUGGGCAACAAAUUCGGUAAUUGCGGGCAGCUGUCCAAUGGCAGCUACGUGCCGUGUGUUCCAGCUGACGUACGUUGCGGGAGGAUCCAGUGUCAGGGAGGAAACAGCCGGCCCUUGCUGGGCUCUAGCACGGAGAUUCUCACCACCACAGUGCACUUCAACCACACUAACAUCGUGUGCCGGGGCGCCAGCUUCGACCUGGGCAAUGACGUCUCGGACCCCGCAAUGGUUGCCGAGGGAACUGCCUGUGGUCCGGGGAAAAUCUGCAUGGGUCAUCUCUGUAAGGACGUGUCCAUGCUGGGAGUGGAGACCUGUCGCCAGAAAUGCAACGGCCAUGGGGUCUGCAACAGCAAUAACAACUGCCACUGUGACAUGGGCUGGGAACCACCGGACUGUAAAUAUUCUGGCAAUGGAGGCAGCGUGGAAAGUGGACCGGCCCAGGAGCCCAGAGUGUCCAGUCCGGCUCGAGUGGCCCUGCUGGUCAUCUUUCUCUUCAUCCUGCCUGUAUUGCUGCUCUUUCUUGCCCUCCGCCUCGGUUGGUGUCGCCGCCGGCGCGCCUGCCAGGGCAGCAGCUUCUGGCACAAGGGCCCGGGACGCCAGCAGACCCGGACUCCGGCCACCGAACGAUCUGACACCCGCAACACCGAACAGCUGCAGCCCCUGAGGUACCACUGGCCGAACCAGGUGGACAUCCCGAUGACCCAGCCGAGCAACAAGGAUGCCAAGCCUCCCCCUCCUAAUAAGCCCCUUCCACCCGAUCCAGUGUUAAAACAAACACAGUCGGCAGGGCAACAUCCGACCCCUCCGAACAGGCCUCUUCCCCCUGAUCCCAUUGCCAAAGUCGGAAAGCUGACGGUGGAGCGCCCAGCACCUCCGAACAAGCCUUUGCCCCCUGACCCUGUCCUCACAGGCAGCCAGACUCGCGCGCCCGAAAAACCGCCCCCUCCGAAGAAGGCCUUCUCUGCUGAGACCUGCUCACAGCCCCCUGCUGGAGUCCCCGGGGCGUUUCCCACGGCAGCAGGCCCCUCCCAGCAGGCAGAUGGUGUGUCUUCGGGUCCCACCUACGCACCACGCGUCGCAGUCGUUCCAGCCAGACGACCUCCACCUCCGCCGACUCGGACUUCGCAGCCGAUUAAGUCUCAUUCGCCUCCACCCGUUUAACAAGAAGAGAAGCAAGGCAUGCUGGGAAUUCUGAAACCUGGGCCCGUCGGCACAGUUUGCACUAAUUCUGUGAGAGACCUGCACAGGGAUGUUCUUGUACUUCUCAGGUCCUCGCUCAUUAGCUCCCUCCGAUUUCAGCAACGGACACCCUUUUGCAGGAGGUUUACUAGAUUAGGGAGUGGUAGAGGUUGGAUUUUUGCAGCCAUGACUGGAUUUAGGAAACUUGCACUCGGCCUCCUGCCUAAAGCAAUGUUCACGUUAAGAAACACCCCCUUUAAACUUCCACAUGUUUAUGUAGCUUUUAUGAGGAGCAUCUCUCGUGGUAUGGAAACCAUCAUGGAGAAGGUGUUUGACAAGGAGGAGAAAGUAUGGCAUAGAUUCAAAUCACCAAGAAGGCAAGCGUUGAGGACCUCGGGACGGCUUUGCGUAGGACUGAGAUGAAGAUGGUCAGGAGAGACCAGAGCAUGUUCCUCUUCAGGUGGCCAUGUGCAGAUCCUUUCCCUGCUUCUCCGUCAGCACUGUGUUUAGGAUAACGGAUAUUUAGAGAUUUCACCUCAUUUCCGUAACGUGGUGAUGUAACUAUGACAACAUUUCAGAUGAGAGCUUUUCCACUUUGAGGGAAAUUAAGAGCAUUACAAUCAGUUUGACCGGACUGAACAUACACUUUCUUAAUAUAUAAAGCUGAAACAUGAACAGGUGGCUUUGUGAAUGUUGUGUAUUAUCCCUGUAAGGGCAGACAGCGGACCCGAAUGUAGAUUUGAGAAGGGCAUGUGGAAAAUGGGGGGAAGCAAACUCCUGAACCUUAACUUGUCUCACGGCAGAGGAAGUUCCUUAUCUGAAGAGGACGCGUCAUAAUUUGUACAGGAUUCUGAAUGAUUAGUUUUUACACUCAUUCAUAUGUAUAUAUAGAUCAUGAGGAUGGAUGCAAAGAUGGUCUUGAAGGUAUUUUUAUACCGCAUCAUCCGCUCUACCAGAGGUAACUAGCUUCUCUCUUUGACAGUAGUAACAAAUCUCAUGUACUGAUGCUGCUUUUUAACUUAUUCUGAUGCAAAGAAACGUACAGGGGGAAAGAAGGUCUUUGCCCAAAGACAACAGAAAAGGCUGAAACGUCAAACGUUUCCCUGUGACACGUCAAAGCGAUGGAACAUGCUCUGUUGUCAAAGCAACUGUCUAUAGAUUUUGCUUUAGUUGUAUGUUUACUACUGUACUGAUGCCAAUAUAUGUUGCGAAUGUUUGAAAAACGUGGCACCACCUGGGUUUGACACAGAAAGUCUGGUUGAAAGGAAGCACUUUGAUCAAAUAAUGAACUACUAAUUUGUAUCACUUGACCUUCUGAUUGAAUGCUAAUGCUGAACACCAAGCAUGUUUGUAAACAAAUCCAUCACUUCUGAAUGGGUUAUGGCACCAUGUUAUAAAGCUUACUUACUUCUCAUAGCUUACUGGCACUUAGUCUAGUAAAUCUGCCUGUACUACAAUCUGUACUACAUUCCCAUUUUAAGUCCCACUACACUACACUAAAUAUAAAUUCAUUUUGGCUGAUAUGCUGUGUCAAUUUUGUGCUAAAUUUCCCAUCUGAAAUCCUGAUACUGGCUUCUUUACAGCUUCGGUGGUUUAAUCAGCCGUGAUUAAUGGCCGAAUGCUCAUUUUUAGAGGAGAAAGUCAUUCAAUACAAUACUGGCUAAUUAGGAAUCGUAACUGGUGGGUUUCUGAGAAUGAGGAGUCAAAGCACCUACAAUAUGAUUUUCAUGAAAAGUUUGGUACCACUUUACAAUAAAACUCCUUUUACCACUUGUAAAUGGUAGUAACCAUCAUUAAUAAAAAGAAAAGCGUUAUAACUUGUUUAAAAUGAUCUAUUGAUAAUGUACAAAGUGUCACAACCUAAUUAAUAACCAGAUUCUAAACCAUUCAUAAACACUUUAUAUGGGGAACCCUAUUGGAAAGUGGUGCCGAAAUAUUUUUUUUUAAGAUUGCUUACUAAAGUCUAUUUUUCCGGUAAUUAAAAAGGAAUUGCUGUGAAAGAA